UAGAAUCAUCUCUCUCCGCCCAACGCCAGUCACCACUCCCAUUCUCCCCAUCCCCACCGUACCGGAAGGCGAAGGCCCGGCGUGGAUCGAGCGAUGGCGGUGACACCUCCCCCUCACGUGUGGGAGGUGGAGCAGCUGAGCAGCAACAAGAUGUUCGGCGGCCACAACCUCCGCUUCCGCCACCACAGCGCCACCCUUGGCUGCCCCAUGACCUUCUCCGUCUACCUGCCCCCGUCCCCGGCGUCCAAUGUCCCCGUGCUGUACUGGCUCUCGGGCCUCACCUGCACUGACGAGAACUUCAUUAUUAAGGCCGGCGCUCAGCGCGCCGCCGCCGCCCACGGCAUCGCCCUCGUCGCGCCCGACACCUCCCCACGCGGAUUAAAUAUUGAAGGAGAGUCAGACAGCUAUGAUUUUGGUGUUGGUGCUGGGUUUUAUUUGAACGCCACAAAUGAAAAAUGGAAAAACUGGCGCAUGUAUGACUAUGUUGUGAAAGAACUUCCAAAAAUUUUGAGUGAUCACUUUGUACUGCUCAACACUAAACAGGCAUCCAUUUUUGGGCACUCUAUGGGAGGCCAUGGUGCACUGACAAUUUACUUGAAAAACACUGAUAAAUACAAGUCAGUAUCAGCAUUUGCUCCAAUUGUCAAUCCGAUAAACUGCCCGUGGGGUCAGAAAGCAUUCUCAAAUUACCUGGGCUCAACAGAAUCAGAUUGGGAGGAAUAUGAUGCUACCUGCCUCAUUAAAAAGAACAACAAAGUUUCUACUCCUAUCCUAAUUGAUCAGGGGGAAGAUGACAAGUUCCUGGCUGAGCAGUUGCUACCUCGCAACUUCGAGGAGGCGUGCAAGGCUGCCGGGGUUCCUCUGAUAUUGCGCAUGCAGCCUGGAUAUGAUCAUUCCUACUUUUUCAUCGCUACAUUCAUCGAUGAUCACAUUGCGCACCAUGCUCAGUUUCUGAAAAGCGCCUGACCUCGAAGUCUCCUGUAAUGUGAGGAAGCUAUCAAAAGAAGAGAGAUGGGGAGGCCGUUCUGUGGUUUCAGAGGUGUCCGCUUACAGCAUGUCACUAUUAUCCCGCUGCCGACAGUCAUUUGGACCUUCUCUUGUCUGGUAGGUGCUAGCUUCAGGUGAACAAUAAAGCCACAUGCAAAUAAGAUGAACGACUUGUCCAUGCUGUCUGUUGUAGCAGCAAUGGGAUCUCAAUGGUGCAUUUGAGUGUAGUUUCCUUGUCUUUGGUUGUGCGCAAUUAUUGGCCCUGAUGCAAUCCACUUCUGGUGCAAGAAAUGAUUGCCCAUGUGUGCAAUUGACCCUUCUUUGCUUCUGCACGGGAGGAAACCUGUAUGAUCAGGGCGGUUUAUAUGAUUGUAUCGUUGUCGCC